GAUGUUUCCGCUUUCACCAUGACCAAACCAUGUCGGUGACCACGAAUCAGAAAGAACGUUGGCUAAACGCUACAGGAUGCUUACCUCGCACGCCCACGCCUAAUAUACACCAAGCAAUAUCUCGAAGAAAUACGAGCAGAAGAACCGUACUCAAUCUCCGGCUUAAAAUUCGGCUGCAAGUUCAACGCCGUCACAAGUGUUCAGAUUGGUUUUCCAACAAAAAUUGCAGUGGGAAGGUCAUCUAUGAAAGAAAGGCGAUAGCGCAUUCAAGUUGUAGCCUAGGGUAGUAUAUUCAGAAUUCCUUUCCAGUGAAAAAGGUCGACUGUCAGCUUCGUUGUACUUGUGCCAAAACGGAAAGCGCCCGCUCUUGGCAGUCAGCCCUUAGCACGACGAUGUGCCAGAAUUUAAUCUCGACAAACUGUACGAUUCCCAUAGACAGUGUUGUGCCACAUCAGGCAUCAGGCUUGUCGACACUCCAGUUGAAUGAGGCGACAUAUUCAAACUGAUUCAGAUACUAGUAU